CAGAGGAGACGGAGGCCAGUUUGAGGACGAGGAAUAAAACACUGAGCUAACUAGUAACCACUUGCUAACUUAGCAGCAGUUAGUAAGCAGUUACUUUAGCAACAAAGCUGCUGGUAUCCAUCCAUAAAUCAGUGUCAACUUGUUAGCAGUAGUCAGCAACAAGUAAAACCAUCUGUCCAGAGUCGAGGCAGAGCAGCGGAAAGACAUCCAAGUCAUGACGAAUACCAGAAGACAGCUGAUUGGUUGAUGUCUCAGACGAAGCACCGCCCCCAGGUGGCGAUCAUCUGCGGGUCUGGACUGGGCAUGCUCGCCGACACCCUGAAGUGUCAAGACUCCUUCGCUUAUUCUGACAUACCGGGCUUCCCACAGAGCACAGUGCAGGGUCAUGCUGGUCGGCUGGUUUUUGGGGAGCUUAAGGGGAAGACGUGUGUGUGCAUGCAGGGUCGCUUCCACAUGUAUGAAGGACACUCACUCUGCAAGACCACGUUUCCAGUCCGUGUCUUCAAGCUAAUGGGGGUGGAGACUCUGAUCGUGACGAAUGCUGCAGGCUCAUUGGCUGACGGCCUCCAGCCUGGUGACAUCAUGGUCAUCAAAGAUCACGUCAACUUCCCCGGACUGGUCGGUCUGAACCCGCUGUGCGGACCCAACGACGACAAGUUCGGCCCUCGUUUCCCAGCCAUGUCAGGUUGCUAUGACAAAGGCCUGCGUUGCGUAGCGAUGGAGAUCGCCAAGCAGCUGGGCGUGGCCAGCCUGGUACAGGAGGGCGUGUACGCCAUGGUGGGUGGGCCUAACUUCGAAAGCAUCGCCGAGGCCAGACUGCUGCAUCGACUCGGGGUGGAUGCUGUCGGUAUGAGUACGGCUCCUGAGGUCGUCGUGGCGACUCACUGCGGUCUGAGAGUGUUUGGCCUCUCUCUGAUCACCAACAAGGUGGUGAAGAGCUACGAGGACUCAGACAGUGUGAACCACGAGGGCGUGCUGGAGAUCGGCCGGCUUCGUUCUCACACUGUGCAGCAGCUGGUGACUGAACUGGUCAGCAGGAUGGAGAUCAAUAACAACAAUACCAAUAAUGCUGUCUGAACACACACACACACACACACACACACUGUGUAAAUACUGAUUGUUAUAUUUACAAUAUUUUUAGACCCCUCUUUGAUUUUCUGUCAUCAUCCUUCCGUAUUUUUUACUUCCUCUGUAAUGAAACUGUAUUUAUGUCAACAUGGUGCCUAAUAAAUCUUUAUCAGGGUAAAUAUGAAUGUAAGUAUUUAUAUACUUAUUCUGACAUUUAUGAUAUUUUAUGUUAAUCCUACAGAUUAAUAUAAAGAUGAACACUGUGCUUGAUGGUGCUUUAAUAUAUUGAGACUUAUGAGAUUUUAAGAUAUGACACAAAGAUGUUUCUAUAUGUUCCACUGUUGUACAUUGUUCCUGUUGAAUUAUGGGAUUUUAUUUUGUAAGAAAAAUGUAUUCACUGGCUUCCUGUUCUGUAUUAAUCUGAUUAAAACAUGCUGACAAAC